AUGGCGUUAAGUAAUGAUGAAUUAGCAUGUGUUUAUUCAGCACUUAUAUUAGCUGAUGAUAAUGUUGCUAUAACGGGCGAUAAAAUAUCAACACUAUUGAAAGCAGCAAAUUAUGAAAUCGAACCAUAUUGGCCGGGUUUAUUUGCCAAUGCUCUCGAAGGUUUGAAAAUUCAAGAUUUAAUCAAGAAUGUUGGCUCACCAUCAGCUGGAGGUGCCGCACCAACAGCAGCCGCACCAACGGCGAGUGCAGCAAAAGAUGCACCAGCUAAAGAAGAGAAAAAAGCAGCCAAAGAAGAGAAGAAAGAGGAAUCAGAAGAUGAAGGUGAUAUGGGUAAGCAAAGUUUUGGUUUAUUUGAUUAA